AUGUCGGCUUUUAAUGCAUUGAAUAUUACACCUCAUGAUGAGCAAUUAGAAGCUGAAGAGCAUUCUCGAGAGCUAGAGAUUGAAGAGUGCUUCAAGAUAUUUCAAAGUGCCCUGUUCGAGUUGAAGACAAAGAGAUACAAAGAAGCUGAUUCUAAAUUCGAAGAACUGCUGAGUAGAGAUGUGAUAAAACCUGAUAAAUGGGGGGUUUACUACUAUUCCUCGCCUACUUUGGAUAGACUUCGGUAUCUGUCCUACCGUAAUCGAGGAAUGUAUCAUUAUAGCUAUCUGCUUGAUCAUAGAUCCAGCAUAUCUUCUCAGGACAUUGUCGACUGUAUUAUUAAAGUAAUUGAGAACCUUUUGGAAUCAAUUCAACAUAAUGAUGCCGAUAGCACAGUUACAGAAUUACUGAUACAGAUCUUCCAGAGUUACAAGAGCAAAAGAUUAGAGAGGAUGGUGCUAGAAUACGAGCUCACGAGGUCAGAGAAUAACCUACUCCUGCUGGGAAGGAAGAAAAGAAGCAUCUUACCCAAAUUACGGCAGAUAAUAGGCCAAUACAGUGACCUCUUGCAAGAAAUCCGAGACAAUGAGCCAACAAGGACUAAUAUGAAAUUAUUACAAAACUUGGCACAUCCCAAACAAUUGCCAGAACUAAAUUCUGUUCUUUUGCAAAUUAGGGAUAUGAAGACGCAAGAUGAACAUAUCAUGAAGGAACUUGACGUACUUGAAGUGACACUGGAAAGUUUUACUUGGGAAGCCUUGGCGGAAUCUUUGAAGGGACUAUUACCUCAGACGAAAUCUACAAACCUUUUGAAUAAAUCUUUGGAUCCUUAUGCAGAUUUAGAAGAACCCAUUGAGGGUAUAAAAUUUGUUUUGGCACAGAAUGAUAAGGUGGAACCUGAACCUGAAAAUAAUAAACCUGAGGAAGAAACGAUAAAAGAACAAAUUACUCCAUCUCUAGAUAAUACUAACGAUGUCAAGGAACAAGAACCUGUGGCAGAAAAGGAAGCUCAGGAACUUGAUACUUCUACAAACAAGCGUCCCAUAGAUCAAGUCGAAUCAUCUAAACCCGCGCAAAGAAGCAGUAAACGUUUCAAGGACAAAGAUCAGGAAGUAUCAGAAAAUGAAACUUCAAUUACAAACCAUGUGGCAUUUUUGGAGGAGUUAGCAAGUCUUUUGGAACUUUUGGGAUACGAACCGUCGUCUGAUCAAUGGAAGUCCCUGUUGGAGGCACAAUCUGACACCAAUGAAGAGCAUCUACCUCAUCGGGAUCUUUUGGAUUGUCUGAAAGAUUGGAGCAGUUGGCAUACCGACAUUUUUGCUCAAAACGAUUCAGGCUCAAACAAUACUGUUUCGAAUGGUGGCGAUACUUUACAAUUGAACGCUUUAUUGAAAUCUAAUGUCUUUGCGGAUAAGGACAACGAUGUUAAUCCCUUGGAAGAUCUACCGGAGGAAAAACUAUCAUCUUUCAUCAAUGCGAUUAACGAAACUCCGAUCCAUUUCCAAGAAGUCAGAUUCAGGUUCCUCCACAUGUUGCUUACGAAUGGUGGUCAAGGAGAACAACGUCCUAUCAUCGAUUGUUCGUGGUCUCGUCCUUUAUUCCAAGCGGUUGAAUGGUUAUUCUUGAGCAUUGAACAAAAUUUAUUUGAAUUUGCAUGCAACAAUCACGACUCCUGUGCCUAUUUGGCUUUAUCGCUUUAUGAACUGCUAGUGAACAUGAUGGGUGGCAUAUGUGAAGAGAUUUCUUCAAAAAAGCUGCAGGGCCACAGAACUACAGAACUGAAAACCCAGAGAAAUAAAUUGGUGAUAAAACAUGAUAAAUGGUUGGAUUUACUUCGAUCUUAUCACAAAGUUAGCACAAAAUGGAACCUUCACUUCCAAUGGGCACAUUAUUGUUUCUUGCAGUAUACUUGUGAAGUGUUUGAUGAUCAGCUACCUUCGAAUUUAUACAUGAUAGAAGAAAUGUUGAAUGAAUUGCAUGAACCAUUUGAUGCAGUAUAUCCAAACUACAGGUAUAUUCCUCGACUGAACCUUUCCUCGUUACAUUCUCAAAUAAGAAAAAUUAGCAUAAUACGAAGAAUCAGCGUUGUUGAUAUUGCAAAUGAGGAGGCAAAAACAGAGGAUACAGAUCAAAAUAUGGACAUUUUGGAAAGAAUUCUCUUACAGAGUGUCCAACCGGGCAAAGAAGUACUACCAGAAGAUCAAGAAAUGCUUUCUUUCAUUCAAAAUUCCCCAUUUUUACUGAAGCUUAAAUUGUGGGAAGCUCUUUUUUCAUAUUAUGUUAAGAAUCAAAAUGUGGUUAGUGCCAUGAACUGCUACUUUUACGUGCUAAAGUUAUUGAGUAACAUCGUCCUUUCAGAUAGGUACUCUCAACAAGCGGAAAAACAGCGCCAUCAAAUUCUUUUAACUGUACUUAUUACCGUGGGUAAUUUCACUUCAAAAUUCAUUAAGCUGUUAUCGGACAGCAAUUGGAGCAACUUAAGGAUUUCCGAAGUCCCAGAAAGUGAACAGUUAUUGGUGAAAUUUUUCAUUUUAUUCAACUCAGUGCUAUAUUUCGAGAAUAGGAAAGAUCUUUUCGGUAGAUCUUUCUUCCGAAAAGCUGCUAAAUCUUCAGCUAAAGUGAAAGACAUAAUCGCCAAUUUGACCACUCUAUUGAUCUACUUUUUUGAUUCUGAAUUGUCAUCCAAAAGACCCGAACAACGUGGCUAUUUGAUGUCGAAUUUUAUCUGGAGUUCCCAUUCUCUGUUAGGUAGUUUCGGGUUCUGCGAUGCAUCUAACGGUAAUUUCUUAAAGCUCUCAGAACAUUUACUCUGUCAAUUUAUCGAUCAAGAAUCAUUGGUACAGUUGAAGCAAAUUCUCUGGUGUAGGUAUCAUUAUAUUAUUGCUGGCGAUAAUUUCACACCCGAACAACAUCGAACGAGAGCCAUUGAAAUGGAUAAACGUAACUCCUUGCCGCUGGGAAUAUAUCUCAUUAAACUUCAAUAUCAGGGAAAGAAUCCUCUGUUGGCUAGUGGAAACAAGGCAUCGCUGAAACCAGUUUUAGAUAACAUUAUCGAGCUAGUUGGAGAUCCAAUAUCCUUAGGAAACCAUGUUGUUGCAAGAAACAAAUAUUUGAUAGAAGAAUAUUUAGAUUCACCAUUGACUGCGAAUAUUUUAAGAAAGGCAUUCAAAGGGGGAGGACAAUUGGCACUUACGACGCCUCGUGAUGAAUUACAGGAGGCCACAGAUGCCGGUUUGUUUUACGUUUCCAGCAUUCAAGCGUUCAACUUGUACAGAAUUCGCAAAAAAUCCAUGCAAGCGCGGCCAUCAGAGUUAGACUACAUUGUCGCUAUGCUUAAGAAUGAUAUUUUGUACAACACACAACGUUUCGAAAGCUGGCUUUUACUGGGACAAUGUUUUGCAUUUAUGGUAGAAGACGAUUUGAUCUGGACUUCAGAUAAACUGUCGGUGCCUGAAAAGAAAUACUGCACUGCCCAAACCCAAAGACAAGCCAUUCUCUGCUACAUCAUGUCCGUUGCUAUUUACUACGACAAACCUUUGAAAACUGCCGACGACAAUCUCAUAAUUCAAAAAGCAUUUGAAGCCCUCGGUUCAGAAAUGAUGAGUGGAUACUUAAAACCAAUGGAAAAACUGUGCUACUUUGGCUCUCUAUCGGGGCCUCUAUUAAAGCUCGAUGAAGAGGGUGAGAUUAUCAAGCAAGACCAAUUUAGCAUGAGAACCAUAUCUGAUUUUAACGUAGAGCAGGCUAUUUUGUUUAGCUUCCAACAGGCAAUCAAUUUUGAGAAUGGCGAUGACACAAAUGAAGGUGUCAACAGCUCCAAAUGGAUCUAUUAUUACAACAUCGGACGUUUUCUGUUUAAAAUAGCCCGUACAGAACAUGGUAUGGUGGCUUCUAAAAAUCUCUUGAAAUCAUGCAGGUUAGCGUCCAGCGUUUCCUCUCAUAAGGAUCCUAUCAUCGAACCUCACUAUUCCUUCAUCAAUAUUUGUUAUAAACUGGUUAAAAAUGACACACUGUCACCACAUAAGGCCCUAUCUCUAGUCUCCAAGGAUAAGGAUUUCUUCGAGGAAGAUGACCAGUUUUGGCAAAUGGACAAUUCAUUGGCGGAAGAUUACCAGAAGAAAUUCUUUUACCAAAAAGUAGUAAAAUUGUUACACUUUUUGUUAUCCGUUGACAGGAAGAAAUGGCACCAUAGGCCUCGUUACAGAAUCGCUAAAAUUCAUUUCGAAGAUUUUGAUGACGUGGAUACUGCGAUUACUGAAAUUGAAAUUGUCAUGUCAGUUAAGAGUGCACAUAAAAACUUGGUCAACAUUUGGAAACCGGAUUUCGAAAGACCGGGAAAACAUUUUGUGUACACAUACCAAUAUGUGAUGUUUUAUUUGGAUCUUUUAUUCUGUAAGAAUGACUUCAACUCCAUCGGCCGUGUCUGUAAGAAGAUCAGAAGAUUUGGAUCAGGUAUGGCAUAUGUUAACAAAGCCAUUGAACAUGCGCUCAUGCUAUACACACAGUGCACAAGAUCUAAGUUACAACUCAAUGAAAAAGAAUGCGUGGAACAUCUAAUGCCCUCACUGAACUACCAAGUGUUUCUCAAAGUCAGUGAAGAUUUACAAAAUGGGUUUAGCGAAGAGAACUAUUCAGAGGAGCUGCUAUCGGGUCUCAAGAUCGCCUACCAAUUAAAGAAAGGAAACAACGGUAUUGCAUUUGAUGGCAUAUGCAUUUCAAUCUAUUUCAAGUACUUCUACCUACCAGUUGCACCCAUUGAUGUAGAACCAGAUGCCAGUAUAAAUGGCCAAGACCAAGAUCGGGAAGAUACCGCUACACAUGCGCCGUCUCAGACGCCAGAACCACCGGUCAAUCAGGGACCCAAACCAGUUACACAGUCAACCAACGGCCAACCAAUGUCAAAUAAAUUCUCAAUUCCAAGGAAGCGUGUAAGCAAGAAGGAUGCAUUUGAUAGAAUUAGACUGCUUGUUGAGAAGAUCACGUGUAAUUAG